AUGGGGUAUGUGGUGAGGAAUGGCACAGGGACAGGGGACAGGACACCUGAGCAGUGUCCUGAGGACACAGACGUCAGCAGAGGGGCCCAGCUGUGCACUGACACCACUGUCUCAGCCUCGGGCUGCGGGGACCCCAAGUGGCCCGAGUCUGGAAACGGGGAGCCGGGGAAGCAUGGAGGACGCAUUGCCAAGGGGAGGCCCCACGACAGUCCAGCAGACAAGACGGGCCACCUGGGCAGCAGCUGGACAAUGGGCACCUACGGGGGCCGGGAGGGGCGAGACCCCCGCCUGAGUCAGCAUCUUACUAGCGGCAGCUGGGGUCAGGGCCACACGGGACCAGAUUCACUGGCCCGAGACCACCAGGGCUGCAGUCCUGAAGCCCCACCAGCCAGCAGCCCCACCUCACCCGGACGGGUCAGCGGGCCGGACGCGGGCCUGAGUGGAGCCGAGCUGGAGCCUGAGCUUCAGGAUGGCAGCCGCCCGGCUGAGGAGGCUGCUCAGGCCCCUGGGUCGGGCCUGGCUCGCACUGGCCCUCUGCAGUGGCCUCUACAUGGCUCUCCAGCUGGCUGGCUUACCCUGGAGCAUCCCCGGAUGCUAAGUGACCCCCAUGCUGGACUGGACAUGGAACUCAGGGGGGCUGGGCCUCUGAGCACCCUGGAGGAGACUCCUCAGCCUGUCUUGGGGAGCCUCAAGAGCCGUCAGCCCAGCCUGCAAGGGCACAUGCCCGGUGGGAAGCAGGACCCAAGGCCUGCCAUCCCCAUGGUCGACACUGACUGCAGUGACCCUGCCUGGGCCCUGGACGCCUUGUCCAGUCCCUGGGCAUCAAGGUCAGGAACCCUCCCCAGCCGAGUGCCUGGAGGAGGGUGGGGUGCCCGCCGACACAAUUCUCCCCCAGGCACAGCUGGACCGGAAAGGAGCCCCAGCCAUGCCUUGAGCCCAAUGCCCGGGAUGCCUGGGACCCCCUGGGACAGUAUCCACACAUGGUGCAGAGGGCAGGUGCACGCCCAGUACCCCUCUGGAGCAGCUCCCGGCAUCAGCUCCCCCAGCCUCUCCAGCCCGGCCCCUGGCGCCCCCGGCUGCCAGCCUAGGACUCACGUGUUCUUCCUGAAGGUGCACAAGAGUGCCAGCAGCACCAUCGCCAACAUCCUGUUCCGCUUUGGGGACGAGCAUGGCCUACGCUUCGCCAUGCCAGCCGGGGGGGCCCCCCACUUCUUCUACCCCCGGCCCUUCCAGGCCAGCUUCGUGGAGGGCUUCUCGCAUGACCCGGGCCCAGGGUUCCACAUCAUGUGCCAGCACAUGAGGUUCCAGCCCUCGGAGGUGCGGCGAGUGCUGCCUCCCGACACCUUCUACUUCACCAUCCUGCGCGACCCCGCGCGCGUGCUCGAGUCCGCCUUCUCCUACUACAAGGCCAGCUCGCCCUUCGCGCGCGCCCGCGGCCUGGGCGACUUCCUGGCGCGGCCCGGCGCCUUCUACGACCCGCGGAGGUCGGACGCCCACUACGGCCGCGACCUGCAGGCCUUCGACCUGGGCCUGGUGCGCCCCAGCCGGAGGGCCCACCCCGGGGUGCGCUCCCCGCGCCACCUGCGCGCCCUGGUGCGCGCCGCGGCCGCGCGCUUCCCGCUGGUGCUGAUCGCCGAGCACCUGGACGCGUCGCUGGUGCUGCUGGGCCGCGCGCUGUGCUGGCCGCCGGCCGCCCUGGUGGCCUUUCCCGCCAACCGGCGCGCCGCCUUCGCCCGCCAGCCGCUGCCCCCGGCCAUGGCGCGCAGGGCCCGCGCCUGGAGCGCGCUCGACUGGGCGCUGUACUCGCACUUCAACCGCACCCUGUGGGCGCGCCUGGACGCCCUGGGCCCCGGGGUGCACGCCGAGGUGGCCGCCCUGCGCCGGCUGCGGGCGCGGUGGGCGCGCACCUGCCUGGUCGGGGGAGGCGCCGCGCUGCCCGGGGGCGCCCUGCGGGACCCGCAGCUCACGCCGCUCAGCCACGGCCUGGCGCCCAUCCUGGGGUAUGCGCUGCGCCCCGGCCUGGGGCCCCGAGUGCGGCGCACCUGCCGCGCGUUGGCCACCCCCGAGCUGCAGUACGCGCGCCGCCUCUACCGGCGCCAGUUCCCGGGGUCGCUCGGGGGGGUCAGAACUGGGUCAGAACUAGGGUCAGGGAGACAGCUCAGCCGGCCAGAACGCUAA